GCUGCUGCCAGCGAGGACUCUUAAUAAUGAAGUACUGCUACGCGUGCGAAAGUGCGCGAGCUAACUUUAGUGCUGAAAAUUAAAAAAACCGACCUAAAGGAAGAGAAGGGUCAGUGCAUCUGCUGAUGAAAAACACAACAGUUACUCCGUGUCAAGCGAGUUUCGGGCUUUUGAAGGACAGUUUGUCAGUCUUUUCUGAGUUUGUUGUUGUCACCCUCAGUUUCUCUGCUGAGCCAACCAACGGAUGAAUAUCUGCAGCGCGAGCCUUUGCAGGACUAGUCUACAAAGUGACAGCAGGCUAAACAGGCAAAACGCAGGGCUGUUUUCGGGACCCUUAUUGGAUCAGUUAUUGCCGCUAACAAGCAUCGAUUCGCGGAAUGACAUUAAACUGAAUGUGGAAACGAAUUAGGAAUUCUUCGGAGGUACAACAAUUCUAUCAUAUCAAGAUUCGUUCUGGGUUGAAGCAGAGGAGUGGACACGUCUACAGAGCAAAUGGAGAACACACAGGAUCUCAAUGACCCCACGGUGAAGAAGCCGCACUGUGACCCGCAAGUUCCAGAUCCCUCAGAAAACAGGUCUAUGGAAAUGCAGGACUUGGCCAGCCCUCAGAAUCGCGUUGCCACGGACGACUCCUCCAGCAGCAAACUGGACAAAAAUAGCAGCCUGAACAACAGCAUCUCAGCCAACGGCACUGGAGGUGAGAACAUGACCAUUCUAAACACAGCCGAUUGGCUGUUGGGCUGCAGCUCCUCCCCCACACCACCAAGUUCAAAGGACUAUGGUACAGCGCACAAUAUGAAGACAGAGCCUCUGAACAACAGUGACGCCGUCACCACUUCAGGGGACACAGGGCUGGACACCUACGCUGGCUCAGUCAUCACCAGCAGUGGAUACAGCCCACGCUCUGCCCACCAGUACUCACCUCCACUCUACCCAUCAAAGCCAUACCCCCACAUCCUGUCCACUCCUGCGGCUCCGUCCAUGUCUGCAUAUGCAGGCCAAUCACAGUUCGGAGGCAUGCAGCAGUCCACCGUCUACACUGCCUACUCUCAAAGCACACAGCCCUAUGGCCUGUCCACAUACGAUUUAGGAGUAAUGCUGCCGGGUAUAAAGACAGAGGGAGGCCUCAGCCAAUCCCAGUCCAGCCUGCAGUCCGGCCUGAGCUACAGCCCCGGCUUCACCACGCCGCAGCCCGGACAGACGGCCUACUCGCCCUAUCAGAUGCCAGGGUCCAGCUUCACCCCAUCCUCUGGCCUAUAUACCUCCAACAACUCAGUGUCCAACCCAGCCAACUUCACCACGCAACAGGAGUACCCGUCCUACACGGCGUUCGGACAGAACCAGUACGCCCAGUAUUACUCUGCCUCCUCCUAUGGACCCUACGUGACGUCCAACAGCUCAGUGGACGGCACCGGCUCCGUCUCCACCUAUCAGCUGCAAGAUCCCGCCCCCGUCAUGACGGGACAGGCUGCAGAGCUCCACCCAGGGGACUUUGACCCCGUGCAGAGGCCGGCCACACCCAUCAAGGAGCUGGACGACCGGGGGAGGGGCACGGGGAGCAAAGCCAGGGGGAGGGGGAGGAAGAACAACCCUUCACCCCCACCGGACAGCGACCUGGAGAGAGUCUUUGUUUGGGAUCUGGAUGAGACCAUCAUUGUUUUCCACUCACUCCUUACGGGAUCUUAUGCACAGAAGUAUGGCAAGGACCCUCCUCUGGCGGUGACGCUUGGCUUACGGAUGGAGGAGAUGAUCUUCAACCUUGCAGACACACAUCUGUUCUUCAACGACCUUGAGGAAUGUGACCAGGUGCACAUUGAUGACGUGUCGUCAGACGAUAACGGACAGGACCUCAGUACUUACAGUUUUGCAACUGAUGGCUUCCAUGCAGCUGCGACCAGCGCAAGCCUCUGCCUAGCAACUGGCGUUAGGGGCGGAGUCGACUGGAUGAGGAAGCUGGCUUUCCGUUACCGGCGAGUAAAGGAGUUGUAUACCACGUACAAAAACAAUGUCGGCGGUAUGCUGGGCCCGGCCAAGAGGGAUGCCUGGCUACAGCUCCGGGCAGAGGUGGAGGCUCUCACAGACUCCUGGCUCACCAACGCACUCAAAUCCCUCUCAAUCAUCAGCUCUAGGAGUAACUGUGUAAAUGUGCUGGUGACCACGACACAGCUGAUCCCCGCCCUGGCCAAAGUGCUCCUGUACAGCCUGGGGUCCGUCUUCCCCAUUGAGAACAUCUACAGCGCCACUAAAAUAGGCAAAGAGAGUUGCUUUGAGCGCGUAAUGCAAAGGUUUGGCAGAAAAGUAGUGUAUGUUGUAAUUGGCGAUGGGGUGGAAGAAGAACAGGCGGCCAAAAAGCACAACAUGCCCUUCUGGAGGAUAUCUAGCCACUCCGACCUGCUGGCUCUUCACCAAGCACUGGAAUACGAAUACCUGUAAAGAAAAACUACAAAAAAACUACAGACACUACACUAAAACUGCAGAACUGUACCUACCAGACUCUUUUUUGUUUUUUGAUUUUUUUUCUCUCUUUUUUUGUACAUCUAUUUAAGAAGCUACAUUACACUGCUCUGUUUUGUUUCAUUUUGUCUUUUUUGUCUUUUUUAAAGGAAAAAAAACUGUUGCUUAAGAAACAAAUAACUGAAUUGUCUUAAGAAGACGUGAGGGAUGUGAGGGAUUUUUUUCUUUUCUUUUGGUCAAAUCUAUACAAGGUCUUACUGUAAGCCGCAAAAAAAAAAGUUUUUUGUUUUUGUUGGUGUUUUCCCUUUGGCUGAUCAUGUGAGGUGGGACGGCGAGAAACAGCGAAGAAACAAGAAAACAAAUGAUAAACAGAUUCUCCUUUUCCUCGUGAAGGACCUAAUCCUUCAUGCAACACUUAACAAGUUCCCAUGACAACCCUCCUCCCCAUCCUUCCUGCUUCCAUAGCAAUGACCUGCACUCUUAGUGUCUAUCUAGUGAACACCCCAUAACCCAUGUAAAUUAUUUUACAGUUAAUAGUUUUAACAUGGACAUAUUUGUUGUUUGAUAUUGGAAAGGGUUUUGUUGUCUCUUUGUUUUUGUAAGUUUUUGGCAAAGAAGAAUGUGCAUAAUGACUUGUUGUGUCUUAUAUAAAAAAAGAUGUGUUUGUGUGUUUCAAUGUAAUUUUUGUUUAUUUUAAAUAUGUAGAUAAAUUA